AUGUUCUUUAUCUAUGUAUACACGGGCAAACCUACGCACAAAUAUGCAUUGUUCACAAACUUAGAUAUCAGAACUUGCUUAAUUUUUCCCCUCUUUGCUUACUUGAUUUUUCCCCUCUUUGCUAGCUUGCUUAUUCCCUCUUUGCUUUCUUGCUUGCUUUCUCUCCCACAUUGCUUUCUCUCCCUCCUUCUUUGCUCUCCCUCUUUCUUACUGAACCCAAGUAGUUUCUCUGCAUUUACCGCCCUUAUCAGAAUUCAUUCUUCGAACUACAUAUCUAUGCUUGCGUGGUUUCAAAAAAUCUCGUUAUAUAUUCUAACCAUUGUUUCUUUCUGUCUCUGUCUCUCUCUUUUUCUGUCUCUGUCUCUCCCUCUUUCUCUUUCUGUCUCUCUCUCUGUCUUUCUAGUUCUCUCUCUCGUUCGCUCUCUCGUUCUAUCGUUCUCUCUCUUGUUCUCUCUCUCUGUCUGUCGUUCUAUCGUUCUCCCUCUCUGUCGUUCUAGUUCUAUCGCUCUCUCUUGUUCUCUCUCUCUUAUUCUCUCUCUCUCUCUUAUUCUCUCUCUUGUUUUCUCUCUCUCUCUUAUUAUCUCUCUUGUUUUCUCUCUCUCUCUCUUGUUUUCUCUCUCUCUCUCUUAUUAUCUCUCUUGUUUUCUCUCUCUCUCGUUCUCCCUCUCUUUUUUUCUCUCUCUCUCGUUCUCCCUCUCUUUUUUUCUCUCUCUCUCGUUCUCCCUCUCUUUUUUUCUCUUGUUCUCUCGUUCUCUCUCUCUUUUUCUCUCUUGUUCUCUCGUUCUCUCUCUCUUUUUCUCUCUUGUUCUCUCGUUCUCUCUCUCUUUUUCUCUCUUGUUCUCUCGUUCUCUCUCUCUUUUUCUCUCUUGUUCUCUCGUUCUCUCUCUCUUUUUUCUCUCUUGUUCUCUCUCUCUUUUCUCUCUUUUCUCUCUUGUUCUCUCUUUUCUCUCUUCUCUCUUUUUCUCUCUUGUUCUCUCUCUAAUUUCUCUCUCUCUCUCUCUCUCUAGUCUAAUUUUUCUCUCUCUCUCUCUCUCUAAUUUUUCUCUCUCUCUCUCUCUCUAG